UUGUUUCUAGUUUCAGAUUGGUUUAUACGUUAGUAAACACGAUGAAAUCGAUGGAUAUUUUUAAAUUAGCGUUAUUUUGUGCAUGCUUAAUGUCAUUUUUUGGUGAGAAUUACUCUAAAGGAGAAGGGUGUAGUAAUUCUGUCGCUAAAUCUGCUGGUGUUAGACUCUCAAAUGAUUUGUUUUGUGGCUAUGAUAAUAAUAUUAGACCUGUGAUGAAUCAUUCGACACAAACCAAUGUCAAAGUUACAUUUAUUCUAUAUAAUUUUCAUAUGAAUGAAGAAUGGGAUGUUCUACAAAUGAGUAUUCAAUUAAUUAUGGCAUGGAAGGAUGAAUUUUUAGUUUGGGAUCCUUCAAAAUAUGAUAAUAUUGAAAAAAUACAUGAACAUUCAUAUCUACUUUGGCUCCCUGAAAUAAGGACUUUUGAUGAGGGAUUUAUUGGUGAUCUUCCCAAAACAUUUUAUAGUAAUCUACCUAUGAGUAUGGUGAGCAUUAGUAAUACCGGUGUAGUUCAGUAUAACCACCGUAUAUCUCUAAAUGCACAAUGUGCAACUAAUAUUGAAAAAUGGCCUUUUGAUUCUCAUAAUUGCACUAUCCUUAUGGGAUCUAUGCUAUAUAAUAAUAAGUUCCUAAAUUUUACGACGGUUCCAAGUAACAGCGGAGGUUUUGAUAUGGAUUAUUUGAAUUCUAAUAGAGAAUGGGAAAUGAAUGAUAUUCACCAUGAUUGUUAUUUAAUUUAUUAUCCCCUAUCAAAUUUUUCACAUUGCAUUCUACGAUACACAAUGAAUCUAAAGCGAUUUUCUUCUAUGUACUCUUCGUCUGUUAUUAUUCCAGCUGUUGUGAUUUCAUUGAUGAGAACAUUUACAUUUUUAAUGGGCCGUGAAACUUCACUUCGAAUAACUUUAUUAUGUUUAUUUUUCAUUUCUGAAUUGCUAUUCCUACAAUUCUUGAAUAUGAAAUUACCAAACAAUGGCGAAUAUCUUGUGUACAUAGUUUUAAUGUAUCGUAACUCUUUAAUUUUGACUGCAAUAGCACUUAUUAUAAGUGUUAUUAGUAAUGAACUAUACAAACGUGGUACAGAAGAUUUUCCUAGUAAAAGUCCGGAAUGGAUUAAGUCUGUUUCAAUAUUUCUUUUAAAUAAAAGACCAAUUUCUGUGUUAACAAAUUUUAACACUCAGGGAGCAGAACUUUUAAUAGAAUCAAACAUGGAAAAUGAUGUUCCUAAUAGUCAGAGAAACGAAAAUGCUUUGAUUUGGAAAACAAUAUCUAUCUUAUUGGAUCGUUUAUCUUUAAUAAUUAUUCUCAUAAUUUCAUUGAUGAACUUUUGGUUUUUGAUGCCUUAGUAAAAAUUUACAUUUCAAAUGUUUGAAUUUACCUAUCAAACAUCAAAUGUGUGUUAAUGCAUUAAACUAAGUAAUUACAAUUGAAAUAUGUCAUUUAGAACUACAAAUGCCAUGUCAGUUAUUAUUUAUGAAUUCAAAAUUAUA